AUGUCAAAGAUGCAGGGAUGGGGCGCAACAACGCACCUUAAUCUAGCUGAGUUGACAGGGGCUCUGUCCCUAUCAGAAGAGCCGGAGUCCUAUGCGGAUGACCUAGAGGGGGAGUCCUAUGUCAGAUCGACUAGUACUCCCUCGCAAAAUGAGGGAGUUUAUCUCAAAUCUAGGGGCAAGAAGAAAAAAGAGAAACAAGAAGACCCCGCCAAAGUAAACAUGCAGAAAAAUAUACAUCGGUCUAGCUCAUCGUAUGAGCCAGAGCUGGAGGAUCCUCCUGCAGAAUCGUUACCUCAGAUUCGUAAGAGGUCAACAAGGUCGUCGACUGGAGGGAGCAACAGAGUCGGUUUCAAAGCAAGCGUGACUAGGUACAGUGAAACAGGCCAGCCCGAGGAUGACGUCAUCAAUACCGAGAAGAAUAAACAUCCUAAACGUAAGACCGGGAUUCGCAGAAAGCCUAGUAAAGAGUACCGUGCAGCACAAGAGAAGACACCCAUUUAUCCAGGAAAAUGA